AUGGAGGAAGAGAGAGUGAAGAAGGGUGCCAAGGGGAGACCCAGCACAUCAUUGUCCUACUCUGGGAGUGAGUCUGAAAAUGAUGAGAUGAAGAUGGCUGUUGACUCAAAGAAUGAGGAUAAAUGCUCUACAGCAGAAAACACUGCCAGGGAUGAUGGACAAGAAGAAAUAGACGAAGAAGAAGAAGAAGAGGAGGAGGAGGAAGAAUCAGAUGAAGAAGAGGAGGAAGAUGAGGAGGAAGAGGAAGAAUAUGACGAUGAUGAUGAUAUAGGUGUUAUUAAUAAAAAGAGCCGUAAGAAAAUGACCAUAUUGGAGUCGGAGUCCAGCGAUGAUGGUGAAGGAGAUGACUGUCCCAUUUGCUUGAAUCGCCUAAAAUACCAAGAUAUUGGAACUCCAGAAGCAUGUGAUCACAAUUUUUGUUUAGAUUGUAUUCAGCUAUGGGCACGGAAUGUCAAUACAUGUCCUGUAGAUCGUAGUGAAUUUCAACUCAUUUUAGCCAGACAUGCUAAAGAAGAUGAAAUUUUUAAAAGGAUUCCGGUUUCAGGAAAAGGUUGUCAGAAUGAAGAUGAUGAUGGAGAUGUUAAUGAAGAUUUUACUUACUGUGAAUUGUGUGGGCGGAGUGACAGAGAAGACAGAUUAUUAUUGUGUGAUGGCUGUGAUUUAGGGUUUCAUUGUGAAUGCUUGGACCCACCACUUGACAGUGUUCCAGUGGAAGAAUGGUUCUGUCCAGAUUGUGCAGAAGCUAAUACACAACGAUCAGGUCGGAUGUUAAAUGAUCUCGAUGAUAUGCAGUAUUUAUUGGAAGAGAACUCCAUAGAUGGUAUUCCUUAUCUCCGCCCUCGACGGAGGCAAAUAGCUCGAACAAGAAUCAGUGAACGAGUCCGUGCUCGAAUUCAGGAAUAUCGUGAAGGUCUUGCCCGACUUGUAUGUGAUGAUGAAGAACCAGAAGCCUCUGAUGAGGAGGGAGAAGGUCCUUCUACUCGACUGAGUCGAACAAGAAGUCAAACUCGACAAUCUGAAGCAAAAAGAAAACAGUCAAGUAGAAAGAAAACAAAAAAAGGUACAACAGGUAAACAGAAAUCAUACCCGAAAAAGAAACUUCGACGACGCACAAAAACAUCAAGAAAGGCACAAAUAUUUGAUAGAUUACGAAAUGCAAGCAAAAGCAAGUCAUCUAAAUCUUGUUUAGCUGGUAAGCUAGGGUUAACAAAGCCUCGUAUGCCUUUGAGGAAAUCUGAUCGAGCGACUGCUGCCCAAAUCCUGAAGGAAGAUUUAUAUGGUGCAAAACCAUUGUCAAUUAUGGGACAAAAGCAUGAUUUAGAUCCUUUUCCUGAUGAUGAUUCUCACAGUCGACCUGAUGAACCCCAAGCCAGUACCUCUCUUUUCUCUGCGUCAGCAGCCAAGAGAGCUUCAAAAUAUUCUGCCUCAGCAUUGCUUUCCAGACAGCCUGUAGCCCGACCUCUGCUGUGCAAGUUACCAGAGGAUAAUCCAGGUAGUAGCAUUUUCUCUAGUCACUGCAGCAACUCAGGUGCAAGCAGUGCAGCUAGCAGUAGUGGAGGGAUAGACCUGCUUGGAUCCAUAAUGAUGGACCAAAAUUUACUUCACCUUGAGAGCAAAGAUGUCAAAAUAAACAGAGAUGGAUCUUUGACAGCUAAAAAAGCCAUCACUGCUUCAGCUGUAAAAGAACCAAAAAAGAUUCCUGCUCCAUAUAGUUCCCCAGCUGAGAAGAGAAUGGAACAGAAUAGUGAUGCUGAGGAUGCCUCGUUUGUAAAGGAAGAAGAGGAGUUUCUGUCUGAUGAAGAAAAUGACGGAAGAGAUGCUUCCAUAUCUGCAGAAAAAAUGGAUGAGUCUGUAGAAGUAUCUGAAAUUGUGAAAGAUGAACAACAGGCAGCAUCGGAUGUUGAUGAUACUGAAGAUGAAGAGGUUAUGGGAAAAGAUGAUGAGGAUUCUCUUAAAUCAGAUGCUGAAGAAAUUAAUAACAUCGAUGAAACUGGCCCUAAAUCUGAUGCUGAAGACAGAGAUACUGAAAUGGCUGUCAAAUCUGAUGUUGAAGAUUUAGAUACAGAAGAACCAGUUGAUGAAAUGUCUAUGCUUGUAAAAACUGAUGGAGAGGAUGAGAAUGUCCUAAAAGAGACUGAGGAGGAAGAAAUGGAAGCCAGCGGUGAUGAUAACAAAUUUGUAACUGAAGAAGAUGAUGACUACAACAGUCCCGAUUUAGGGACAAUGCAAGAUGACAUGUUGCCCUCUGAGUCUGAUAGGACAGAACAGGAAUUUCCAAAAGCUGAAGAAUCUGAUGAUAAUUAUGAAAUGCUAGCCUCUGAAAAUAUGGUUGACCAAAAUGAAGAAGAGAAAGAUGGCAAACUUGAAGUUGUUGAUGAGGCUUCUGAAAACUUUGAUGAUGCUGCUUCCAAAGAUUCCGAGGAAAUGGUCAAGACACAUCAUGAAGAAUUAGAGACUUUUGAAGAGCAAAAUGAAGUUGGUGAUGAAGAAGUUACUCCUGCAUCUGGUAGUGAAAGUGAGAUGAGUUCUGCAGGGAAUGAAGAUGAUGAUGAAGACGAGGAAAAGCCUAAGGUUCCAAUCUCAGAGUUACCAAGAAUCCCAAAGAGAAAUCGGCGUGAAGGUUAUAGGCGUGAGAAAGGUUCAAAAGGUGAUGGUCCUGAACUGAAAAGUGUUCUUGGACGUGUUGACAUGCCUGAAUAUAAGAUGGGGAGAUCUUGGGACAAAAAAGACAGUAGAAGAAGUAGAUGGGAUCCUGAUGAUUGGAGUCAAUCUGAAAGAGACAUUGAUUGUGCCAGCAACAGGGACAGAAAGUCUGAAGGUGGCAAGAGCUAUCAUUCAGAUCGCUCAGAAAGUAGUCGAGACAGUGAAAAAUAUUCUUUUGAAUACAAAGAGUCUAAGUCGCGAAAACGGCGGCGAGAUCGGUCACGAAGUAGGUCCAGAGGACGUAAAGAUAGUGCUGUUGAAUAUAGAGACAUUCCACAUCGUCGUCACUCUCCAGAACGGUCAAAGAGCCGAAGGAGAGAGCGAAGUCGAAACAGAAGCCGCUCUGGGUCAAGAGAGAAAAGCUUUGACUACGAUAAAUCCCAUAAACGGAAAAGCAGAGGUCGAAGCAGAGAUAGAAGUCAAAGCCGAAAAUCUAGGCGGCAUCGGUCCUAUUCAAGGAGUCCCUCCCGGAAACGUGAUAAAGAGCGUGGUUCAACAGAUAAAAGAAGGCAUCGUGAUGAGCGUAAAAGAGGUGAGGAGCGUGGGCAUAAAAGACAUUCAGACAAAUCAGAUCCCGAAGAAAGUAGAAAGAAAAGGCACAGCCAUGAAGACUAUGAUGAUUGGGAUGAUGGAUCUUGCCAAGUGGUCGACUUUGAUGAAUCUACAUCACCCAAGGGGACCACUGGUAAGAAAUCUGGUGAGUGUUUUUAUGAAUCUCAUUCUUCCAAUGAGAAACUGAAUGAGAAUUUCUUCAACAGACGGCCACAGCAAGAGAAAAACACCUUCAAAAGUGAUAAGAUAGAAGAGUCUGGAACUUUCUACAAUGCAAGAAGUUCAAGCAAAAAGCACAAAUUUGUUGAUCGCUUUUACAAGGCUCCACAUAUGCGUAAUCCGGGAACUGAGAAGUUUCCUAUUCACUUAUCUGAAGAUGAAAGUGAGGAAAUAAGUGUACCUCCCAAAGCUCCUUGCACAGAAGAACUAGAAUCAGAGAAAGAGAAAGACACAAAUGUGCAAGAUAGUGGUGAUAGUGAAUAUGACCCUGCAUUCCCCACUGAAUCUGGGAGUCCUAUUCGUGAGGAAGCAACUGAAGAAGACCCUAAGCCAUCAGAAGAACCAGCAGCACCAGUGGUUGUCACAGUGACAGCAACUGCACCAGUAGUGACAACAGCAGCAGCAACAGUAGCAGCAACAAUAACAGAAGAAAUAGCUAGCAGUGGACCUAUUGAGGAAACUCCACCUGCUGGAUCUCAGGGCAUAUUAGGAGAUUCUGGCUUUAUGAUUACUGAGAAUCCUAACUUGCAGAAUAUUCCAAUGCAGCCUCAGAACAUUACCUUUCCAAUGGGAAUUCGUAUGAUGCCACCUGGUAUGCAACCAGGUAUGCCACAGCAUUUACUGAUGAACCCCAUGUUCUUGAACAGACCUCCUCCAUUUAGCAGGCUACCUCGUAUCUCUGGACCUGUGGGCAGACUAGGUUGGUCCAUGAAUCCCUCGGGGAUCAUGCAAUUACCACCCAACCGGUUUGGUCCCACACGCAUGGGCCCUGGUGGUGGCAUCCCACCAAGGCCUGGACUGCUGAAUGGAGGAUUUGAAGGGAUGCCUCAAGAGCCUGGACAACCAAUGCCUCCAUUCAAACAACACCCAUGUGAUCCCAGAAAUAUCCCUUCACAUACAGCAGGUCCCCAAGGACCUCCUGGACAGAUUCCUCGACCAGGUCUGGCAGGUCAUCCACCACCUCACAUGCCUCACAUACCCCCUCCUGGACCUUUGCUACCACAUCCCCAGCAACAUCCCCCACCACCUCCACCUUCAUCACAACAGAUGCACAUACCUCCACCAACGUCAGAUACAUUAUCAUCGUCGAGUCUGGAUUCACAAACUGCCCCUCUGCAUAUGCAGCAUGGUCUCGGCAAAAGUCAGCCGUCCUCUGAUGACAAGUCAGUAUCCUCAAAUUUCAGUGUGCCAGAGCUGAAUCAGAUAACCAAAUUGAUUGAGGCCCACACUCAAGCCCUUCAAAAUAAACAGAGGAACACAACCUCAUCUCUACAAGGGGGUGAUAUUGAUGUUUUCAAAAUUCCACUGCCUCCUAUGGCACCUCCCUCAGUACCUCCUCCAGCAUUGGGGCUACCAAUUGUGCCACCUCCAGAAACCCACAAUUACACCUCUACUACAAAGUCAUAUAAAAAUGGUCAGUCCAGAUUGCUGGCAAAUAGUCACACAUCAUCAGAACUUGCCUCUGAGUCAACUGAAGUAGUCGACAUGGACGUUGCAUCUCCUCUUGAUGAUGAGGUUGCAAUUGAGUUGCCUGCCUCACCUGAAUUGGAUGAUAUUGAUGAGAGCAAGAUUAAUAUGAAGGAUUCUUCUGUUAUUGAACUGUCGGUGCCUGAAGAUAUGCCAGCAUCUGCUGUUGAACUCACUAAUUUGACCAAUAAAGAAAAGCAUACAUCACGAGUCAAAAAGAGCAAUCCAAAGGCAUCGCAACAACGAACCGUCUCACCCACAUCUACCAAGACCAGCUACAUGGGGUACAUGAAAAAACUGCAAAUUCAAGAGCGCGUUGUGGAUGAGGUGAAACUUGCCAUUAAACCAUUCUAUAGUGGUAAGAAAAUAGACAAAAAUGAGUACAAAGAAAUAUUACGGAAAGCAGUUCCAAAAAUCUGCCACAGCAAGAGUGGAAACAUCAACCCAGCCAAGAUCAAAGCAUUAAUUGAGGCCUAUGUAGACAAAAUGUGCAAGACACGCCGAUACAUGGAACGCAAGAAAAAAGGCAGCUUAAAAGCCAAUGGAGAACGAAUUAAGAAACCUUCAAGAUAA